ACUAAUAACAUCAGACUUACUAACCACAGACAACUGGCUAACCAGUCACUGCCUACUAUCAACAUGGAGGAACUCAAAUCAAGAGGACGCAAACGAGAGGGAAGACACAGGGACACAUGGGACCCAUUCCAGUUAAACCCUAUCGGGGCAGAGAAGGAGCAGACAAGGCAUUGCUUUGAACUGGCGCAGUACCUAGUAGCAGUGAUAGUGGGUUUGCUGGUCCUUGCCAGUGCUGUCAUCAGCAAGGGCACUCUGCUGGUGCUGUCCACGUUGUCAAGUCCCUCCUCUCUGCGAAGCCCUAAGCAGAGACAGUUCUACAUGCUGAUGCUUGUGUUGUGCCUCAUUUUCCCAAACCUGCUUGUCUUCAUAAAGUCUCUUUGGAAAUGUGCAUUCAAAAGCUUUGUCAAGCCCAACAUGAAGACCUUGGGCCUGAUGUGUAUAAUCGAGUGUCUGGUGUCUCUGGGCACCUCUGUCCUGGUCUUAGUGGUGAUGCCCCAGUUUGACGUCCUCACAAAUCUGUUCAUUUCUGGAGGUGUGUGCAUCCUGUCCUCAGUCCUACAGAUCGUCUUCCGCCUGCAAAAAGAGAGCUGGAAGAUCAUCUUCCCAAUUUGCUCCCUCAUCCUGGUCCUGGCAGGUUACUUCUUGCUGGGAAUUGACUACUAUGUACGUGUGUCUUCCUACAUGGCCAAUCAGGAAAGUGACUGUUUUGUGUAUGUAGGUGUGGGUGUGUUUGCCUCCCUAUUGGUGUCUCUAAACUGGUGGGAGAACUCUCUGCAGGCCAGCAACAGCAUCCAAGAGAUGCUUACAGAGCUGGAGGGCUUCAGGGACUUUGUGUUUGUUUUGACCAGCAUCCUGAGAACUCUGAUAAUAGCAGCCGUCUAUUUCAUCUACUACAAGCUUUUUACUAACACAAUUGUUUGGAGCGACUUCUACUUAGGGGAAGAUAAGGAGAGCCUGAAAAUUGGCCUAAUCGUCUUCUUCAUGCAGGCUUUCUUUUCUGCUGCCUGCCAUUGGUUUGGUGUUGUGGCAUGUAAGAUCCAUGCCAUCCGGAUGAGCUUUGCAUUACCAGUGUGUUCCACUGGUCCAGCUAUGCUUAUCCUGGGAAUAAUCCUUUUCAUAACACAGGCAGAUAAGUUGGAGGGUGUAGACUCCACUUCUAUCCAGGACUUCUGCUCCAGUCUUGUGGAACUGAGCACGAAGAACACCACCCCAGUGGUUCUGCUGGAGCUCACCAGAAGCAUCUGUAGAACGUCUCUGAACAGUCCAUAUUUGACCUGGCCAUUCUCCCUGCUGGCCCUGGAAGGCAUCUGCAUGUGGCUGGGCUUCAUAACCAGCACCUACUACGUCUGGAAGAUCAAGGUGCAGCGGAUCGAAAGGACCUCCCAGCUCUUUGUGCGCCGCCUCUAUGAAUCAGCGUUCAUUGACCUGUCUCUGUUGCUCAACACCAAGAUGAAGGUGGUCCGCGCCAGGAACCAGGAGAGUAAUGAUGAUCUGGAGAACUGUGUUAUCUACCUAUGUGCCACCAUGUGGCAUGAGACCUAUGAUGAGAUGCUGAAGAUCCUGACCUCGAUGUUUAGAUUGGACCGCUACAGAGGUGACCCCAAGGAAGAGCAUAAAGACGUUUUUGACUUUGAGUGUCACAUCUAUGUAGACGACUCAUUUAUGAUAGAGAAGGGGACAGGCAAGAAGCUGGUCAACAGUUACGUCAACGACCUUAUUCAUGUCGUCAUAGAGGUGUACAGGGUGUUCACCAACAAGGAACCAGAUGAUGUGUCCAUCAUCGAAACGCCAUAUGGCGGACGUCUGAUGUUUGUGAUGCCUGAGGGCAACAUGCUUUAUGUUCAUUUAAAGGACAAGUCUCUGAUCAGGAAUAAGAAGAGGUGGUCCCAGAUCAUGUAUCUGUAUUAUCUGCUCGGCUGGAAAGGCUAUAUAGUAAAGAACCCUCAGAAGAUUACAAGGCAGAACAACCCCUGCCGCGCAAGCCUAAUUUCUCUGGAUGGUGAAAGCUUUCUGUUGCCUCAAUACGACAACGACAGUAAGAGGAAGCACAUCACAGACGACAACACCUACAUCAUGGCACUGGAUGGAGACACAGACUUUCAGCCCAAAGCUCUCAUCUUAUUGGUCGACCGUCUCAGGAUGUAUGACAAUGUGGGAGCAGCAUGUGGGCGGAUACACCCCACUGGGAUGGGUCCAAUGGUGUGGUACCAGAAAUUUGAGUAUGCUGUAGGACACUGGCUCCAAAAGACAGCUGAGCAUGUGUUUGGUUCCGUCCUCUGCUCGCCUGGUUGCUUCAGUCUGUUCAGAGGUUCUGCCCUCAUGGAUGACAAUGUCUUGAAGAGAUACACGACCACAGCAACAAAAGCCUCGGAGUAUGUCCAGUACGACCAAGGAGAGGACAGGUGGUUGUGCACGCUGCUUUUGCAACAGGGAUGGAGAGUGGAGUACAAUGCAGCAUCUGACGCCUACACUAACUCGCCCCAGGAGUUUAAGGAGUUUUAUAACCAGCGACGUCGCUGGGGUCCAUCCACCUUGGCCAACACCCUGGAUCUGCUGCACAGUGGAGGAGAGACUGUCAAAAGGAAUAGCUCCAUCUCAAGACUCUAUAUUUUCUACCAGAUGUUCACUGUCAGUUCCUCCAUCCUUGGACCAGCCUCUGUCUCCCUCAUGAUAGCAGGAGCUUUCCAGUUUGUGUUUCAGAUUCCAGGGACCCUGUCCAUCGUCAUCUCAGUGAUCCCACCUGUAUUCUACAUGUUUGUGUGCUUUGUGGCCAAACCCAACCUCCAGAUCUCAAUUGCAGCCAUUAUGAGUGUUCUCUAUGCCUUCCUCAUGACUGCUUCCUUCUUCUCCAUUAUUGGUGACAUGGUUCAGCAAGAAACAUUCCUCACACCCACAGGGCUAUUCCUGGUCUCCAUGACAAUCAUGUACCUGGUUACAGCCAUCUUGCACCCAGAGGAGUUCAGCAUGAUCAUCUACGGACUAAUGUACUUCAUCUGCAUCCCAUCGGGCUACCUGCUAUUGACUAUCUACUCCUUGGUUAACAUGCACAUAGUGUCUUGGGGCACCAGGGAAUCGAGCAAAGAGAUGGAGGAGAAAAAAAUGCAGAGUGUCCUCUGUGACCGUAAUUGCAAACUCUGCUGCUGGGACGUGAAAAUACAGGUGACUCAAGAGACAGAUAAUCUGAUUCUGCAACAGAUGCAGAAUGCCAUUAGUCAGAAGACCCAGGCAGUCCUCUCCUCAUCUACAUACGAGGAAGUACUACAGAUCCCACAGGAAGGAAACAAACACCAUGAUGCCAGAAAAGAGAUCCAUCCAAGUGGCAAAAGGUGUUUCUCUGAUAACAAACUACAGCAUGAAGAUGGAGACUCAGCAUCAGGCUAUAGUAGGAGUGACGACAGCAUCUCUAAGAAUGUCAGUACAAACUCCAGCCUUGACAAUGAAGAUGACAAUGAAGAUGACGAUGACACUAUGACAAUGUUUUAUGAUGACACUAUGCAGGUGGAGACAAAGUUGGUCCCUGAUAGUGACUGGGUGGAACCAGUCAAGACUGAGUUCUUAAAGAAGUUGACCUAUGCCAACAUGAAGAGGAAUCUGCAGGAGCAGAUCAGGUACACACUGCGUAACAAGAACCAGGAGGAUGUGUGUGAGGAGCUUGUUAUGAUGCUGACGGACACAGUAAAUGGUGAACUGAAGGACAGGGUGGGACCAGAAGAUAUCCUUUCAGAGAGCAAGCUAGAGGAACUGCAGUAUGCUCUGGACGAGCAGGCACGACGGAUCCUGAAGACCAAUCGAGCUGAGCGACUCGAGAGGAGGGUGAAGCGAGCCAUCGAGAAAACACUUAUUGCCCCUCAGGUGGAGAAACUGACAGAGGAUGAGACUGACUUCUGGAUAAAGCUGCUUGAGAGGUACCUGUCUCCUAUUGUCGAUGACAAAGCUCAAAAGGAAGUGGUAACCAGAGAGCUUAAGUCCCUCAGGAACAAGGCUGUGUUCCUGUAUUUCAUUGUUAAUGUUCUGUGGGUUGUGGCUACAUUCUUCCUCCAAGCCAUUGGAAGUGAUGUGAUCAGCAUCAAGAUUCCCAAGUUCUACCCAAAUGGAAGCCAGGCUGAAGAUUAUCUGAAGGUGGAGCCUCUUAGUUUGAUGUUCUUGCUGUCCUUUGCUGUUCUGCUGAUCAUCCAGUUCCUGGCCAUGCUCUACCACAGGAUCUACACUCUGAUCCACGUGGUGUCCUACAGGAGUUCAGAAAAAGACUACAAGGAAAAGAACGAAGAGGAUGAUGAGGGGCUUAUUCUAGAGAACCAGAUCGCCAACGGGCUAGUCAUUACUAGUGACGACCUUUAACUAACUGCAACUGUCUGGUGACCAUAAGGAUUGCCUUGUGACCAUCUAUUAAUUAGGUUUGUUACUUUACUGAAUGUUGAUGAGUGAAAGCACUGCAUUGUAUGCACAUUUAGUAUGUGUGGAAUUAAGACUCAACCACAGUGUGAUGUGUAAUGAUUAGAACGUAUCAUUGUGUUCAAUAGGCCUAAAGUAAACAAAGCCCUUUUAAACAUGUCAUUUAUCAUUGUGUUUUUAAUAUUAUUUUGGAGAUUACUCAUUUUCUUUAUAUAAUUGAUUGCAUUUCAGGGACUGAAAUAAAAUGUGUGUAUCCUGUCAAAUUCAAGCUAUA